AUGUCGGACUAUCGUAACGUUGUUUUGACGUUAAGUAAUGUCAUAUUACCACCCGAAAAACUUUAUCCCAAUCCAACACCAUCAAUGCUCGAAGGUUUAUCGUGGGAUGUUGAGUACGAUUUACGAUUAAUCGGAUGUGAGCUAAUCCAGACUGCUUGUUUACUACUGAAAUUACCUCAAACAGCAGUAGCGACCGGUCAAGUUUUGUUCCAUCGUUAUUAUUACACAUCAUCAUUCAUUCGACGUCCAGUUGAAAUCAUGGCGAUGGCCUGUACGAAUCUCGCCGCGAAAAUCGAAGAAAAUGCUCGACGUAUUCGCGACAUCAUCAAUGUCUUUCAUCAUAUUAAACAAGUUCGAUCAGGAAGCCUUAUUCAACCAUUAUUAGUCGAUCAGACGUAUGUCGAUCGGAAAAGUGAAGUUAUCAAAGGUGAACGACGUUUGUUAAAAGAACUUGGAUUUUGUGUGUAUGUUCAACAUCCGCAUAAAAUGAUUACAAUGUAUUUGAAAGUUUUAGAAAAGGAACGCGAAAUUAAGUUGGUUCAAACUUCUUGGAAUUACAUGAAUGAUAGUCUACGAACGGAUAUUUUUCUACGAUUCACGCCCGAAACAAUCGCUUGUGCCUGUAUUGAUUUGGCUGCGCGUAAUCUUCAAAUUCCUUUACCGAAGAAUCCACGAUGGUAUCUGAUAUUUGGUGCAAAACCUGAAGAGGUUCGUUAUAUUAUGAUCGCUAUACUUCGAUUAUACUACCGUCGACCGAGACCACUUGAUGAGCUGGAAAAACUUGUGAAUAUAUGCCGUGAAAAACGUGAAGAUGGUAGGAAACGAUUUCGAUUAGAGGUCGGUAGUGAUUCUCCCGCUCAACCAUCUACUGUCGGCUCGUUUUCAACACCAAUCAAUACAAAACCCGAAGCAUCUACUGUGAUUGAACCUCCUGUGUCACCACUAGUUACAACAACGACAAUAGUAGUAGCAGAAGAAGUGCUAGGAACGACUGUGAACGGAACAGUUACGAACGCGAAUGAACGUGAAUCACCAACAGUGAAUAAUCAUCGACAUCGACAUCAUGAUCAUCGCAAAAAGGAGAACAAAUCUCGUCAUAGAUCUUCUUCCGGAUCAUUAUCUAAAUCUCCAGAUCAUCACUCUCGGAAGAAGAAGAAACCAUCGCAUCGAAGCCGUUCGAGAUCUCGUUCGUCGUCGCAUCGAAGACAUCGGCAUGAAAAAGAUCGACGAUAUCAGAGUCAUCAUUCAUCACACAAUCAUUCCAAAAAGGAUAAGAAACGACGGUCACGUUCCAGGUCACGUGGCAAACAUUGA